AUGGCUGCGGGCAGUGGACUGACCAAGAACCAGCGGCGGCGACUCAAGAAGCGUGCGCAGAAGCAGGCGGAGGCUAAUGGCGUCAAGAUUGAGCCCGCUUACGCCAGCAACGGCAUUGCGAAGACGAAGAAGGAGACGGCUGUUGCACCCCCUCUAGAUGUAGAGGUCGAGUACGUGAGCGCCGAUCUAAGCAAGGAGCUUGCGCUUCCACAGGAUGACCCAGCUUAUGAGGAAAUGAUGCGCGUAUUCGGCAAGUUCUCGUCCGCUGAAGAGCUUUGCGGCGCCACGGACAACGAGGACGGUAAGGACGACGACAAGGAGGGAAAGGAUGAUGCAGAAGGAAAUGAAGAUCAGACGAAGGAGGAAGAGGAAGAAGAGCAGGUUCUGUCCAGGAAGGCUCGCAAGAAGAGCAAACGACUGAGCGUUGCCGAGCUUAAGCAGCUGGUGGUCUAUCCGGAUGUAGUGGAGGCUCACGAUGUCACGUCAGCAGACCCUCGCCUGCUCGUGUUCUUAAAGUCGUAUCGUAAUACGGUGCCCGUGCCGCGCCACUGGUGUCAUAAGCGAAAGUAUCUUCAGGGCAAGCGUGGCUUCGAGAAGCAGCCGUUCCAACUACCAGAGUUUAUAGCUCAGACGGGUAUUGCUGAAGUGAGAGAUUCUGUCGCUGAGGACGAUGAGAAGAAGCGAAACAAACAGCGAGCUAGAGAACGUGUACAGCCCAAAAUGGGGCGUGUGGAUAUCGACUACCAGGUGCUGCACGACGCAUUCUUCCGCUUCCAGACCAAACCCAAGCUCACGCAACUGGGUGAUGUGUAUUACGAAGGCAAGGAAUUUGAGGUAAAACUCAAGUCUAAGGUGCCAGGUCAGCUCUCAGACGAACUCAAGGCAGCCCUCGGUAUGGUGGAAGGCGUGCCUCCUCCGUGGCUAUUGAAUGUACAAAGAUAUGGCCCGCCGCCAGCAUACCCGAACUUGAAGAUUCCAGGUUUGAACGCGCCUAUCCCAGACGGCGCAAGCUUUGGAUAUCAUCCUGGUGGAUGGGGUAAGCCGCCUGUGGAUGAGAAUGGUGUGCCUCUGUACGGUGACGUCUUCGGCAAGCCCGCGGAGUCAGAGAACCAGGGAGAGGACAUUAACCGUGAACGAUGGGGAGAAUUUGAAGAACAAGAAGAAGAAGAAGAGGAAGAAGACGGAGAAGAGGAGCAGCCAGAAGGCAACGUGGAAGGCAAUGACGACGCUGACGGUCUUGACGCUACUGGCUUGGAAACUCCCCUUGUGGACGGCAUUUCAAGUGUUGCUUCGGGCCUCACUACACCUGGUGUCGUGGAUCUGCGCAAGGGUAUCCGAGGAACAGAGACCCCCGAUGAGCCACAGCAGCUCUACACUGUGCUGGAACAGAAGGAGACAUCGGUGGGUACGUCGCUCUACGGCUCAGGGCAUGCAUACGUUGUUCCCGGCGGAGCAGAGGAGUCGAGCGGCACACGAUCGGAGACUGGUCGUGUUCGACGUCGCUUCGAAGACGCGCCUCCGUCCGAGUCUGCUAACCCUGCGGAAGACGAAGACGAGGCCGCUAAGAAGAAAAAGAAAGCCAAGACCGACAAGAGCAAGAAGCUCAAGGAUUUCAAAUUCUAA